AUGAGUCUUAGCAUUCAACUAUUUUAUUAGCCCUCUCUUACAGCAUCCUACCUUCGAAAUAAUCGUUUCAUGUCUGCCUAUGAUUUUACACUCAUAUUCCCUUCUAUUCCACUUUCCUUUGGAAUUUCUAGUGAUUUAGCUGCAGGAUGGUCCAAAUUAGUUUAUGAGUAAGUUUUAAUGAAUAAAACUUAACAAAAGAUUGAAGUUGAAAUUUAAGGCUUGACUGAAAAGGAAGCAUUUGUAGUUGAACAAUGUGUUAAAUUAUUAUUUGGUUUCAAAAUUGAUUUUUGUAUACAAGAUGUCUGGUAAGCCUUGAAAGUAUGUGAUAUUAUAGGGAUAACUUAAUCACCAUAAAUUGAAGGUAUUACAGUAUAAGAAUAACUGUUAUCAUUUGCAUUGUAAAAUAUUUAAUAAAUCAAUCUAAUUGAAGGAUUAGAUUAUACAUAACAACUAUUAGAAAUAGGAGGAGAAGGACUUUUAGUGCAUAGAACUGAUAUUAGAUUAUUAAGUUAAUAAAUAGUGGAUAAAAUUAGAGAAAUAAUAUUAGCAAGCAAAUUUGAAAUACUUACAAAUUAUGCUCAUAAUUAAGAAUAAAGUAUUGAUAGUUAAAAUAAUAAUAAUAAAUUCUUAUUAAAAGAUUUAAAAAGAGAGCAUUAUAUAUAAUUGAGAACUCUUUUUUAUAAUUUUGUAAAUCAAUAAAAUACAGAAUUAACUGCUAAUCAAAAUAUAGUAAAGAUCUUAUUUGAAGAAUUGGAUCAAUAAUUUGAAUUAGAUAGUUAUAUUAAUAAAUAUUUUGAAGAAGUUACUUCUAAAAUGUAAGCUAUUGAUAUAUCUGUGAAUAAAAUAGAUAAAAAGUAUGAAGCUUAAUUAAAUAAAUUGAAUGAAUUUAUUAAUUAAGAAUUUGAAAGUCUUAAAAGAGAAAACAAAAUGUUAAAAAACCAAUUAUAUUUUGCUCAUAGAAGAAUUGAAUAAUUAUAAAAUCCUAGAAUAAUUUGCCAAUAUCAAAUGAAUCUUUUUUGUUUCUCCAAUGGAAUUAUAAAGUAUAAGAAUAGUGGAGUUAUUCAUACAGAGAAUAUGGAUAGCUAUAUUAUUAAUUGCAUUGUAAAAUUAAAAGAUAAUAAUAUUGCAGUAGGAAUGCAAGGAGGAGAUAUUCUAUUAUACAAUAAAUAAUUAGAGAUUAUAACAACUCUAAAAUUAUCAUCAGAAAUACAAAUUUAAAACACAUAUCAUGUUAUUUGUAUGCAAGUCUAUGUAAAUACUAUUAAUUUUAAUUUAGAAUAAUUAUUUAAUUACUUCAUAUUCAAAUAAUGUAUAUUGCAUUUGGUGGAAUUAAUAAUUAAACUUUCAUGAAAAGAUGGAAUCAUAGGUGAGUGUUAUUUUUAGUAAUCUUUUAUUGGGUAAUUUUAUUCUUUUAGGUUGUGUUGACGGUACAAUACAUUUUAUAUAUCUAAAUGAAUCUAAACCAUAAUUACAAGCAGAUCAUAUUAAAAAACUUAAAAAUUCAAAUAAUGAAGUUAUGAAAUUAGAAGUUAUUCCUUAAAAUAAUGAUUUAUUAGUAUCAGUGCAUAAUGAUCAAUUAAUAUGUAUUUGGAAUUGGGAAUUAGAAAAUGUAUUAUAAGUAAUAAAGAUUGAAUAAUAAAUAUAAGAUAUAUAGAUAUUUUUGGAUUAAAAAGAUUAAAAAAUUUUGAGAGUUUUGUUAUAAAAUGGUUAUUUGAAUGAAUAUAAUUUGGAUUAAUAAAAUUAGCUAAUAGAAUCUAUUUAUAUUGAUAAUAAACCAUUUUAAUUAGUAGGGGAACAAUUUUUGACUUAUGAUGGGAAAAUCAAAAAGAUAAAGAAUGGGCCAUUAAAUUGUUGUAAUUAUCAUCUCCAACAUUAAUCUACUUAUUUUCAUCAUCAAGAUAAUUGUGUAUAUGGACUAUUAUUAAUAAAUUAUCCUUAUGUUGCAUCCUCUGGUGAUGACAAAACUAUAGUUAUUUUCAAUUUGAAAUCUUAAGAAAAAUUGAUUUUGAGAGGACAUCAAAGUUAUAUUAAAGCAAUAGGAUUACUUUAAGAAAAUAAACAUAUAAUAUCAGGUAGUUAUGAUACAACAAUUAAGAUUUGGGAAAUAUCAACAGGGAUUUGUUAAAAUACUUUAAAUGGUCAUACAAAACCUGUUUUAUGUUUAUAAGUAUUAUAAUAGACUUAGUCUAUGGUUGUAAGUGGAGGGGAAGAUGGUGUAAUAAGAGGGUGGAAUUGGAAGACAGCAAUUUGUAUAUGGAAAAUGGAAAGUAAAUUAGAAAUAUGGUCUCUUUUGGCAAUUUAGGAACAUUGUACAGUUUUAAGUGGAUAUAAGUAAAUAAAAAUAUUAUUAUUAUAGAGAUGGUUCAAUAAAGGUAAUAAAUACAGGUUAAUCUGGGGAGAAAACUUAAAAAAUAACUGAAUUGAAAAUUCAUAAAUAAUAUGUUAAUUGUAUGAUACAAUUGAAAGGAUCUAUAAUAGCAAGUGGAUCAUCUGAUGCUACAAUCUAGAUUACAAAUUUUUAUACAGGAGAAAUUUUAAAAACUUUAAUUGGUCAUUAAAAUAUUGUUUGGUCAAUUUAAAUGAUUGAUGAUGACACUAUAGCUUCAUCUAGUACAGAGGGUAAGAUUAAAAUAUGGAAUUGGAAAGAAAGUCUUUGUUUGAAUAGUUAGGUAGUAGGAAAAGGAUCAAUCUAUGUAUUAUUAAAAUUACCAUUUACAAAUAAAAUGAUUGGUGGAACUGCUUAAGGAGAGAUUCUAUAAUGGAAAAUUUGUAAAGAAGAAUAAAAAUUAAUAUGA